CGCGCCAGCGGGGCCGCGCGGGGAGAAAGACACUGGAAGGCGGCGGGGCGGGGAGCGGCGCGCGCGGUCCGCGGCGGAGCAGGAGCCUGCAAAGAGAGCCCGCCGGGGGCCCGGGUGUACGAUUCCUCCGCCCCCGCAAAACAAUGUGCGGCGUGCAGCAGCGCGCAACUUGCCGAAGGCAGCGGGGGCGAGCCGAGCCUGCCUGAGACCGCGCCGCUGACCUUCUCCCCCGCCGUCCAUUGGGCCCGAGCUCCCAGCUCCGAGCUCCCCAGUUCGCGGGGGCCGGGCCGAGCUGCGGGGCGGGGCCGCCCCUCCGUCUUUGCUGCCUCCUCCCCCACCCCCAGCCGCGGAGGAUGCGGACGGCCCCCGGCGGCGUCUAGCGGCCCCGGGCCCAGGCGCGAUGGUGCAGCAGCGGGGCGCGAGGGCCAAGCGGGACAGCGGGCCACCGCCCCCGGGGCCCGGGCCCGCCGAGGAGGGGGCGCGUGAGCCCGGGUGGUGCAAGACCCCGAGCGGCCACAUUAAGAGACCGAUGAACGCUUUCAUGGUGUGGUCACAACACGAGCGGCGGAAGAUCAUGGACCAGUGGCCCGACAUGCACAACGCCGAGAUCUCCAAGCGCCUGGGCCGCCGCUGGCAGCUGCUGCAGGACUCGGAGAAGAUCCCGUUCGUGCGGGAGGCAGAGCGGCUGCGUCUCAAGCACAUGGCGGAUUACCCGGACUACAAGUACCGGCCGCGCAAAAAGAGCAAGGGGGCGCCCGCCAAGGCGCGGCCCCGCCCCCCCGGCGGUGGCAGUGGCGGUGGCGGCAGCCGGCUCAAACCUGGGCCGCAGCUGCCUGGCCGCGGGGGCCGCCGAGCUGCGGGAGGGCCUUUGGGGGGCGGCGCGGCGGCGCCCGAGGACGACGACGAGGACGACGAUGAGGAGCUGCUGGAAGUGCGCCUGGUCGAGACCCCCGGGCGGGAGCUGUGGAGGAUGGUCCCGGCGGGGCGGGCCGCCCGGGGACCAGCGGAGCGCGCCCAAGGGCCGUCGGGCGAGGGGGCCGCUGUAACCGCCGCCUCCCCGACUCCGUCGGAGGAUGAGGAGCCGGAGGAAGAGGAGGAGGAGACGGCAGCGGCGGAGGAAGGCGAAGAAGAGACCGUGGCGUCGGGGGAGGAGUCGCUGGGCUUUCUGUCCAGACUGCCCACUGGUCCGGCCGGCCUGGACUGCAGCGCCCUGGACCGCGAUCCGGACCUGCCGCCCCCUUCGGGCACGUCGCACUUCGAGUUCCCGGACUACUGCACCCCCGAGGUUACUGAGAUGAUCGCGGGGGACUGGCGCCCGUCUAGCAUUGCCGACCUGGUUUUCACCUACUGAGCCCACCGUCAGCGGGGCGCGCACGCCCCCAAACCAGCUGUUUACAUACAGGAAUCAGGUAUUGGGGCCCCUCGGAGGCCGAGGCUGGCACCCCAUCUCCCGCGCAGCCUCCCCCCUCGUGGACGUGCCCAUCCCCCCUCAAAUCCAGACAUGCCCCUCCCCCGCAGACACACCCCAAGGCAGCCCAACCCCCACCCUUUCCCUGCCCUCCCAGCCCCUCCCCGUCCUAUCCCCUCCUGCACAGCCACCAGCAGCCAAUCCCCCGCCCCCAUCCACCUCCCAUUCUCUCCUCCAGACCUGUACCCCUCCCCCGCCUUGCACACGCCCCUCCUCGUGGCCGGAGGGCACGCCCCUGCCCUGGCUCCCCCAUCCCUCCGCCUCUGUCUUGUCCGCCUAGUGUUUAGGGGGGCCCAGCUGCUGGGCGGCACCGCGCGCUCCUCCCUUGCCCCUCCCCUCCUCAAGAGGGGGAGGGGCGCACUCCUUUUGCCCUCUGAGCGCUGGGACCCGCCCCCUUCUCGCGCAUGCUUAGUGCUUCCUGGCAGGAGGGGGCUGGACCCCGUCAAACCGCACUCCUCGGUGGCCUGCCUCGGGAAGAAGGGGGGCGGGUAUAGAGGGAUCCCGAGAAAUCUUUUGAUCCGGGAGCCGCGGCUUCCUUUCAACCCGACGGGGCGUCACUGCCUUAGUGGGAGGAGCAUUCGGAAGGGGGAGAAAGACUAUCUGGCCCAGAAAGGCUGGUGUGGAGCUUGGAACUCCUAAGUGGCACUGCUGCUCUUCCCUUACGGGGUCGCCCAGAUCCACGUGAACCUGCCCUCUCCGACUGCUUAAUUGCCUCUACAGCCAAUCCUGGCCCCCAGAAACCUCUCUUCUUUCCCCCACCUGGGAAAUGGGGAUAGGAUGUGCAAAUCCAUCUCGAGAGGAGAACUCAGAACCAAACACCUAUCACUCUGAGAACAGUCUCCCGCCUGCUCCCUUUCCCUUCUGGGGAAGUGCCCUGUCACCUCAGGACGCACGACCAGCCUGGGCUCCCCCCUAAGCCCACAGCCCCUUCCUAUCACCCAAGUCCUAUGCCCACAGUGACAGUAUGCAGUGGGAGAAACGUUGGUACUAGAGGCGGGUGAGCCUGAGGCUUGAUAACAGAUGGAGUGACAAGAAGAACCCCACUUUUAAACAGCUGGCUUGCGAGACCAUCAGCUGGGCCAGUUAUUGAGACUGAAGGGAGGGUCAGAGUAGUGGAGGUGUGCCGUUCGCACCUCAGUUUUUUCACGUAAAAAAUACGGAUAGCGCUGCUGUAGAAGCAAGUAGUGUCCGAUUCAGGGUGCUCUCGGGGACCCUGCACCAUAUGCUGUUAUCCCGUCACUCUACCUUGCCGCCCAAGCCCCGCCCCUCCGGCCUCCCCACACCCCUUUUGCCCUCACUACCUGUAUCUCACCGGCGUGUGUUCAUCCUCCCGGGUGUGCACACAUUCUCAUUCACACACACAAAUCUCAGGAACAAACGGUCCCAGAGUCCUCCCGGACCCCUGCCCAGGGUCUCUGCAGGUCUCUGCCCUAUGCGUUCCCGUCGCUGACAAAGCCACCAGCUGCCUCCUUUAAGCUUGGUGCUCCGGCUCUGGGCCUUUCUCGCGUUCUCUCUCUCUCUCUCUCUCUUUCUCUCUCUUUUUUUUUUUUUUUAAGAAAAACAACAAAAAAAGACAAUGAAAAAAAAGCGUCAUGUGAGUGAAGAGAUGUCACUGUCUGUGGUCUUGGAGAACUAGUCUGGUAGCUGAGGGAAGGGGUCCCUCCCAUCUGGGGCACUGGCUCCCACAGCAGGACUUCUGCCAGUCUGAUGCCAGGACUGAAUAAAGUGUAUUUGCCCCGA